UGCUUUCAUUCUAUACUCGAACACAGCAGGAAGAUCACGAUAAUCUUAGAAGUAUUUUAAAGGAGUCACCACAAAGAAUGCGUCUGUUACUGCUCCUCAUUUUCUUCUGGGGCGGCACAACAUACUUUGUUGCGGCCAAGCAUAGGAGUGCGAUGGAGCAUUGCGUGGUGCGAGCCGAUAAGGAUGACCUUUUGCAAACGGCUGCUCUUGCAGCAGCAAAAACAAUUCUUGCGCAAGUGGAACAGUUUAACGAUGGAAAGCCUCUCAACACCCAACUGGCCAUCGAUAUCAGUGCGGUGAUAGUGAAGGGGCUGCUGGAUGGCAUGUCGAUCAGAGAAAUGCUUUGGAACGCAGUAAUAUGGUGUGACGUUAACAGUCCAGGUGGAGUCGACAAUCCCAGCGUUGGAGGAAGUGGACCCGAUGGCGAUUGGGAUGUUGGACCCGAAGACGGACCAGGCAGUGCACCCGCAGGCAAUGCACCAGCAGGAGGUGCACCCCCAGGCAGUACACCAGCAGGAGGUAAACCCCCAGGCAGUACACCAGCAGGAGGUGCACCCCCAGACAGUACACCCGCAGGAGGUGCACCCCCAGGCAGUACACCCUCAGCAGGUGCACCCCCAGGCAGUACACCCGCAGGCAGUGCACCAGCAGGCAGUGCACCCGCAGGCAAUGCACCCGCAGGCAAUGCACCAGCAGGAGGUGCACCCCCAGGCAGUACACCAGAAGGAGGUAAACCCCCAGGCAGUACACCAGCAGGAGGUGCACCCCCAGACAGUACACCCGCAGGAGGUGCACCCCCAGGCAAUGCACCCCCAGGCAGUGCACCCGCAGGCGUACCAGGAGGAGGUGCACCAGCAGGAGGUGCACCCCCAAGCAGUACACCUCCAGGCAGUGCACCCGCAGGCAGUGCACCCGCAGGCGUACCAGGAGGUACGCCCGAAGGCGGUGCACCCGCAGGCAGUGCACCCGCAGGCAGUGCACCCGAAGGCGGUGCAGGUGGUACACCCGCAGGGAAUGCACCCGCAGGGAGUGCACCCAGUGGCCCUCCCGGUGGUGAUGGUGGUGGAGAAGGAGGUGAUGGAGAAGGAGGUGAUGGAGAAGGAGGUGGUGGAGGUGCACCUGCAGGCGGUGCACCCAGUGGCCCUCCCGGUAGUGGAGUUGCACCCCCCGGCGGUGCACCCAGUGGCCCUCCCGGUGGUGGAGUUGCACCCCCAGGCGGUGCACCCAGUGGCCCUCCCGGUGGUGGAGUUGCACCCCCAGGCGGUGCACCCAGUGGCCCUCCCGGUGGUGGAGUUGCACCCCCAGGCGGUGCACCCAGUGGCCCUCCCGGUGGUGGAGUUGCACCCCCAGGCGGUGCACCCAGUGGCCCUCCCGGUGGUGGAGUUGCACCCCCAGGCGGUGCACCCAGUGGCCCUCCCGGUGGUGGAGUUGCACCCCCAGGCGGUGCACCCACUGGCCCUCCCGGUGGUGGAGUAGCACCCCCAGGCGGUGCACCCAGUGGCCCUCCCGGUGGUGGAGUUGCACCCCCAGGCGGUGCACCCAGUGGCCCUCCCGGUGGUGGAGUUGCACCCCCAGGCAGUGCACCCAGUGGCCCUCCCGGUGGUGGAGUUGCACCCCCAGGCGGUGCACCCAGUGGCCCUCCCGGUGGUGGAGUUGCACCCCCAGGCGGUGCACCCAGUGGCCCUCCCGGUGGUGGAGUUGCACCCCCAGGCGGUGCACCCAGUGGCCCUCCCGGUGGUGGAGUUGCACCCCCAGGCGGUGCACCCAGUGGCCCUCCCGGUGGUGGAGUUGCACCCCCAGGCGGUGCACCCAGUGGCCCUCCCGGUGGUGGAGUUGCACCCCCAGGCGGUGCACCCAGUGGCCCUCCCGGUGGUGGAGUUGCACCCCCAGGCGGUGCACCCAGUGGCCCUCCCGGUGGUGGAGUUGCACCCCCAGGCGGUGCACCCAGUGGCCCUCCCGGUGGUGGAGUUGCACCCCCAGGCGGUGCACCCAGUGGCCCUCCCGGUGGUGGAGGUGCAACCCCAGGCGGUGCACCCAGUGGCCCUCCCGGUGGUGGUGAUGGUGGUGGUGGUGAAGGAGAAGGGGGAGAAGGAGAAGGGGGAGAAGGAGAAGGGGGAGAAGGAGAAGGAGAAGGGGGAGGAGGAGAUGAGGACGGGGAAGGAAACGAAGGAGGAAAUGCAUAUGAUGGACAUUCAAGUUAUCUCUGCCUAAUCGAAAAUGAUUACCUAAAAUGCUACCGUUAUGAUUACAAGCCAGAUGAAGAUAUAUCUGUUAUGGAGCAUAAGCCAAGAACAAAACCCUCCAAAAAGCCAGUAAAAAAGGACACAAAGACCCGGUCUGGAAAGCAAUAUAAGAGGAAAUCAUCAAAAUCAAGGAAACGAACCGCAACAAAUGUGGACUUAAUGAAAAAACUAACCGGUUGA